AUUUCUGAGGGAUGUAGUCUCCUGUCCCUCCCUUCUCAUGUCAGUCUGUCUGAGCUCAAAUCAAAAUGGCACAGUUUACCCUCUUUAUUCUUAUGAGUACACUUUUCUACAAAGUAAAUUGCCUAACCUGCUAUCAGUGCAUUCCUGAGACGUCAACUAAAUGCGUUGAAACUAAAGUAGAGUGUCCUGUCGGUCAGUGUGGGACCAUGAAAACCACAUCUUAUACAGGAAACAACAAAUUGGCUGACAUGAUUAUGAAGAACUGCUCCGUACCUCAACAAUGCGUGACUGCAUCUGUAAACUUUGGAAUUACAAAUAUAGUUAUGAACAAUGAGUGCUGCGGCACUAAUCUGUGCAAUAAUAACCAAAGUGAACCAGAAUCACCCACUAGGAUCCCGAAUGGAAUAGAUUGCUACACCUGCAAUGGAGAAGACUGCUCAUCACCUUUACCUUGUGUUGACGAUGAAGAUCAUUGUAUCAAGGCAACAGUCAAUAUUGAUGGACAGAAGAUAAUAAUGAGAGGAUGUGCAACCAGAAGUUUCUGUAGCGGUGACCUGUCCACCCAGAUCGGCCAGACCAGCACAUCAUCAGUAGACCUGACCUGCUGUGAAGGACCUCUCUGUAACAGCGCUCAAGCCGUCACCGUCUGGUUUCAGCUGGGGCUUCUGAUGUAUGCCAUCGUACAGAUGUCACACUUCUGUCAUGAUGCUCUUUGA